ACAUUGAGGACGGUGAAGACACCACCCAUAAUUAUGUUUGUACAAGUCAUCAUUAUUAUAAAUCAUUAUUUACUUUGAGUCUUGCUUUAUGGACACCCGCCAUCUUAGGCCAACAUGUUUCCAUAGCAACCCUUACACGGGAAAUGAAAGCCUACUCUGCAGAUGAAGAAGAAGAAGAGUCACAUGUUCACUUAACCCUGAUGAAGAGGAACGAGGAAACAGCACAGAGACUUUUUACAAAGCAACUCAAGUUCUCUGGAAAUGGUGAGAAGUGAGAAGUGUUGCAGUGUGCAGUGCCACCAUUAGAUGUCACUAAUUCCUACUAAUGGGACCUUUAACACCAAGUUUCCUCUCCAGUGAAAUGCUUCGUAUUUUUUUGCAAACGUCCCCAAACAUUCCAUUUUUGGACAUUUUUUCAGUCUGCGACAGAAAAACGUCCUUCACUUGAACUGACUAAGCUUUUAUACGAGGACAUAUGACAAUGUACUCAUUCAUUCAUUCAUUCAUUCAUCUUCUACCGCUUUAUCCUCCACAUGAGGGUCACGGGGUGCACUGGUGCCAAUCCCAGCUGAGCUGACAUAGGACGAAAGGUCAUAUCCAUAUUAAAUGUGAUGAAAUAUUGUAUUUAGAGCGUGAAACCUUUGUCAGUCCAUGCUGCACAUGUAACCACACACGUCCUGUCACUGUGUCUCUGGAGCCUGAAUGCAGCUCAGUAAUCCUGGAUCAAAGAGCACAAAGAGGCCGGAGUGUUGGUGAUGUAAGCACUAACUCGCCGCUCUCUCCUCUCCUGACCGACGGAUGCUGAGGACGACACAGUGACACAGACGGCUGAUGACCUGUGACACAGUGGGAAGCUUGAGCAGCUGAUUGUGGAGGAAUGUGUCUGAGCUCAGUGUGACCAGGCGCAGACUGAAGGAAUUUUCCUCCCUGUUACUUCAUUUGCUGCGUUUUAUCCGCGGCAGGUCACAUUACCUCGGGUGUCCAUGGACUUCCUGCAGGACUCCCGUCAAACCAUGUGGGGACUGAAUGCCCGGCUGAAGGGCUUCCUGGAGCAGGUGAACGAGCUGCAGGAGGCCAACACUCAGCUGGAGGAUCACAUCGUCAACAGUAGCUCGCGCUCCGAGGACUGGUCCCAACAGGAAGAGACACUGAGGGAGCUCCGUACCCAGGUUGGUAAACUGCUGGUGGAGAACGCUCAGCUGGCCUUACAGUCGGACAACAUGAAGUCCAGAGCUGCUGCCAUCCACACCAGGUGUGAGACAGAGGAGCAAAACACCCGACGUCUGGAGCAACAGGUGCUUCUGCUCCGGGAGACGAAGAGGAGGGCAGACCAGGGCAACGUGACGCUGGAGGAAGAAGUUCAACACUCCAUGAGAGAGCUGCAGGAGAUGCACCAGGACUUGAAGGCAGCACAGGCUCAGCAGCUGCAGCGGGCCGGUUCCUGCGAUGUCCUGUUAGCCACAGCAGCAGCAGCAGCAGCAGCAGCAGCAGCAGCAGCAGCAGCAGCAGCAGCAGCAGCAGCAGCAACAGCAGCAGCAGGAGAAGGGGAGGAGGAGGAGGAGGAUGGCACAGGGAUGGAGCUCACCAGGCUCUUCGAUCGAAUCAGAGCCCAGUGCGACCAUAACAGACUUCCCGGCCCCGGAGAGAGACACCGUGGCCUGCGGGCCACCUCAAAUCCACCUCCAGGCUUGGUGGGGCCUAGCCACUCUGGAGCUGGAUCAUCAUCAUCAUCAUCAGCAGCAGCAGCAGCAGCAGCAGCACACAGAGGAGCUCUGUGUGAGGAGGAGGCAGCGUGGGCUCAGGUGAGUCUCGGCGGCGCUGCACUGAGGGAGGCGCGGGCCGAGCUCACGGAGGCCAGGAAGCAGUGGCACUCCCUGCAGGUGGAGAUCGAGACCCUGCAUGCUUUGGAAAAAGGAUUGGAGAACUCAUUGCAGAAUACCCAGCACAUGUACUCCAGUCAGCUGCAGGACCUUUCCCAGGUGAUCAUGGGCUUGGAGAGUGAGUUGGAGCAGGUGAGGGGGGGCCUGGCCACCCAGCGCCAGCGCCACAGCCUGCUGCUCAACACCAAGAUGAGGCUGGAGCGAGAAAUUGCCACUUACCGACGUCUGCUGGAGCGCGAAGAGGGCAGUGUACAUUUCCCUCAUGGCUGCAGGUACAUGGGUCGGGAUGGUCAGCUGAUGAGUCUGCAGCCAUGGAGGUCGUGUGUGGUGGAGUCAGUGGAGACCGGGCUGGAGACCGGGCUGGAGAACGGGUUCAGUGACCCGGCUGUUACUCCAGAUGAACCCAAGUCUGAGCCUCUGCCUGAAAUACCGUCACUCCUGCCAGCAGAGAGUGGACUAAAGAAGAGCGUCCUGCACAGACAGCAAAGCCUUGUCAUACUAACAGAGGCGGAGCUAGAUGAAGACCUGCCAAUCUCCACUGUGAAGACUCAGGAGAUUCUCCAGGGCAACGUAGUGCGUGAAAGUGCCGAGGGUCACGGCACCAUCGAGACAGAGAAGAUGGAUCAGGUGAUAAAGCAGUGGGAGGGCUCCUUCUUCAGAGGGAACCCCAAACUGAGGAAGAAGUCGGUGUCGCUGCGCUUCGACCUGCACAUGGCUGCGGCAGACGAGGGCUGUGCUCAGACCAAACAGGACAGCCUCCCUGACGUGGAGGUGCGGCUCAUCAUGAAGAGGUCCCGCAGCAUCCCAGCCAUCACGCAGUGACUCACUCACUCACUCACUCACUCACUCACUGGUUUCAGCUGUUUGUAGUGAUGUUACAAAACUAGCAUCCGUGCCCUCGACAUGUGGGAUGUUGUCAUUAAUAUUAUGCUAAUUAUCAAAAUAAUGACUGACAGUGAGAUUUCCCUCCUCAUGGUUUCUCAUAGUUUCAUGAGAAGAUUAGACUUUAUUACUUUCUGUGUCAUGUUUCAUCAUCAUCAUCAUCAUCAUUUAAUGAACGCUCAGUUCACAGUUGGAUGGAGAUCAGUGAGAAAAAGGCCGUCGACCCACGUUUAGACCAGUAUUAACAUCUGUCCUCUGUCCCCAGUAUUAACAUCUGUCCUCUGUCCCCAGUAUUAACAUCUGUCCUCUGUCCCCAGUAUUAACAUCUGUCCUCUGUCCCCAGUACUAACAUCUGUCCUCUGUCCCCAGUAUUAACAUCUGUCCUCUGUCCCCAGUACUAACAUCUGUCCUCUGUCCCCAGUAUUAACAUCUGUCCUCUGUCCCCAGUAUUAACAUCUGUCCUCUGUCCCCAGUACUAACAUCUGUCCUCUGUCCCCAGUACUAACAUCUGUCCUCUGUCCCCAGUACUAACAUCUGUCCCACACUUUUCAACGGUUUGAUCCUGAGAAAGCACAGACGAGACGAUCCAAACAGGAACAGGAACACACACUGAAUCUCACAGAAACCUGGGAAUAUAAACAGACGUGGAGGCGGAGCAUCAGUGUGGUCAGUUAACAGUUGUGAACAGAAACACAAACAAAGCAGCUCGUCUUGUACGAGUUACGCUUCCAAACAAAAGUACACAACGUCUGUUUCCCGGUCGCCUCGCUCUCAUUGGUUAUUGCGAGGUUCCCCAAUCGCGUGUGUUAAUCCCUCACACACCAGAUAAUCUGUUCAAAUCAGCCUAAAAUCGGACACCCAUGAUUGUUGGAAAGGCCAGAUCAGGACCAGAAUCUGACCUCUUGUUUUUUCUAAGAAAAAGAUUUGAAGUGAGUGACUGUGCAGAAAUGCUUAGGGGGUUAAGGGUUUUAAAAAAGGGGGAGACUCAGUUUUAAUUAAAAACUCCAAAGUAGCACAUUAUAUUUUCACUUUUAUCUAUUAAAAGAAGGCGGUACUACAGUAAAAUAAGAAAGAAUGUAAACGUGCCAUAUGAAGUGACAAUAUAACUGUCACAAUAAAAGAUCAGUGCGAUACUGAAAGCUAUUUUUCAUUAUCGUGUAACUUUACACUGAAUCCAUUGUUGUGUUACAUGUACAGUCACUUUAUUACACCAUUGACCCUGCUUCCAUUUUAUAACACUCCUUUUAUUACAGCAGCGGUUAUUUGACCAUCCUGCAUCCGCUUUGUCAACCACUUAAUCAGCCACACCAAAGUCCAGAGAGACAAUGGUCCUUUUUAGCUUUGCUGGGGACACAUGAGACACAUGAGACACAUGAGACACAUGAGGUCCUGAUCUCCUGCUGCUCUUUGGUACAUUUGUGUCUCUGAGGUCAUUGAAAAUGAAUGAUUCCAAACAUGGAAGAUACAAAAGUCAGAAAGAGCAAGUCAUAUUAUAUUAUAUUAUAUUCUCAUGAUAUCAUGACACUUGGGUCACAUUAUAUUUGCCUUUCCUUGUUGUUAUUAAGUGUUUCCUGCUGGUUGUUGAUGCUCAGUCAAGUUCAUGUUUCAGGGUUGUAAUGUAAACUGCACCAUGUGAGCAGUGUUGUUUCAUGUUUGUCUGAACGCUUGCACUUAAAACAACACGAGCACUCAGCGACACAUACAGAUAUACAGAUAUAUAAACGUGUGACUCAGAGUCCACGUCUUCACCAGAGGGGGGCAGUAUCUGUAAAUAUUUAACACUGCAGUGCAUCGCCAGUACUCCGCUGGGGUUACGUAACACAUGCAUCGUUACACCUUAGAUUUAGAGUUUUUAACACUAAAUCGGCACCAAAGACAUUACAAAGAUGAAAUGGACUGUUGUGCCUCAGAAUAUUUAAAGUUAUUAUCUAUGCAGCUCUGUGCUUGAUUUUUGCUCUGCUUCAUGAAGCACACAUUUCAUUUUGGGAGCGCAGUAACUACAAAAUGAAGCAUUAUGCUUUUAUCUAACAAGAUAUCAUUUAAAAUAAAAUCUAAUAAUGACAAUGAA